GUUCCAGCACAACACCGAGCGGCCAGCCGUGCGGAGACGUCCCAGAGAGUUUGCCCGGGAGCGCCGGCAAGUUUCUUCCUCAGUCGGCUCUCCGGGAGCGGAACCUGCAAGGCGCAAGGGACGGAUGCGGAGGUCACUUUGAGGAAUGUGCCCUAAGAGAUCAAGAAAAGAUUGAAACUUCAUGGAGAAAUAAACCAUGUAGCCUUUGAAUUUGGACAUGAAGAGAAACAUAUCCAUCUGAAGUGGUCAUGAACCCCAAACAAGUCUUCCUUUCUGUCCUGCUGUUUGGGGCAGCAGGACUGCUGCUCUUCAUGUAUUUGCAAGUCUGGAUUGAAGAACAGCACACAGGGAGAAUAGAAAGGAAAAGAGAACAAAAAGGAACAUCAGAGCUCCAAGGUGCACAUGCCUGAGGACCUAAAGAGGAAAAGGGGAAAUCUGCUCAACUUAGGGGGACCUGCUAGGGUUUUAAGGAAGAGCAGCCAUUCCCAAGGGGAAGAUGGAGCUCCCCAAUCAUCAACAGAUAACUCAAAAGAAACAUACCAAGUAGCUAAACCUCAGAAGGCCAUCGAGAUGAAUUGGCCACUAGUCACUAGGCCCUUAAACAAAAGUUCAGUCCAAGGCAACAACAAAUGGAAGAAAGCAGAUGCAACCCAAGAGAAACGUCGGUCCUUCCUUCGUGAGUUUUGCAAGAAAUACGGUGGAGUAAAUGAUCCCAAAUCCAGUCUUUUUCAUAUAGUAUCCAGAAUCUAUGUAGAAGACAAACACAGAACUCUGUACUGUGAAGUGCCAAAGGCUGGCUGCUCUAACUGGAAAAGGGUUCUGAUGGUCCUAAAUGGAUUGGCUUCCUCUGCAUACAAUAUUUCCCAUGACACUGUUCACUAUGGAAAGCACCUGAAAACAUUAGAUAGCUUUGACUUAAAAGGAAUAGACAUGCGUUUAAAAGCCUAUACCAAAGUCGUGUUUGUGCGAGAUCCCAUGGAAAGAUUAGUGUCAGCGUUUAGGGAUAAAUUCGAGCAUCCCAACAGUUACUAUCAUCCGGUGUUUGGAAAGGCGAUUAUAAAGAAAUACCGACCAAAUGCCAGUGCGGAAGCAUUAAAUAAUGGAUCCGGAGUAAAAUUCAAAGAAUUUGUCUACUAUUUGUUGGAUGCUCACCGUCCGGUAGGAAUGGAUAUUCACUGGGAAAGGGUCAGCAAACUCUGUCAUCCAUGCUUCAUCAACUACGACUUCAUAGGGAAGUUUGAAACAUUAGAAGAAGACGCCAAUUACUUCCUGCAGCUAAUUGGUGCUCCAAAGGAGCUGAAAUUCCCGAACUUUAAGGACAGGCAUUCAUCUGACGAAAGAACCAGUGCUCAAGUGGUAAGGCAGUAUUUAAAGGACCUGACUAGAGCAGAGAGACAGCGUCUCUAUGACUUUUAUCACUUGGACUAUUUGAUCUUUAAUUACACAACUCUACAUUUAUAAUUUGCAUUCAUUUUCUAAAGCCCUACAUUGAUUUAAUGAUGAUGGCCUCAAAUCAACUCCUGUAAUUUUCCUACAAUUCUCUGUAUGGGGGAAAUUUAACUAAGUGAAGUUGUCUUGAUUGAAUGAAGAUUUUUUUCUUAACCAAAGAGUAUGACAGCAAUUGGCACAAAGUUAUUGGAAAAUCAUCUCAAGGAGAUGUAUAAACAACUCGAUGUGCUUUUAAAUGUUGGGAAAAGAGCUGUUUUGGCAUUGUGGCACAUACCGUGGCAGCAAUAACCUAGCCAACUGUUGCAUUAACCAAGAAAGUCUCUUGCAUGUAAAAUAAGGGGGCCAAAACUGGAGAGAAUUAUGUAUCCAAAUCCUGGCAUCAUUCUUCUAACAUGAAUGAACCUAUUCUUAGCAGUCUGUAGCACAUGCAUCAAAUGACUGGGUGGUGUUCUUAUACCCUGGUCUUCCUCUCCACUGUGAUGAUGGACCCAUUUUUAAAUGCUUGGGCAUAGGCAUUUUACUAUUGGUCUGGAGGCACUCUGUGAUUUACAAUAUGAGAGUAGAACAGAAAAACAGAUGAAACUGUGACUUUUUUUUAACAGCCAGUAAAAAUGCACAACAUGCUAAGAUCAAAACAACAAAAGUAACCUUGCUCUUCCAGGAGAAACUUCAGGGAAUUGAUUUUCGUUGCGGGAGGCGGGGCAUUGGACCCUCCAUGAGAGGACAAAUGAACACAACAAAGCAGGUCCUCAUUUCUGAACAUCGUCAGAUAGAAAUGUGCUCUCAAUUCCGCUUUAAUUCGAAAGGGGGCAAUUGUUUCAGGAUGGAAUAAUCAUCAAAAGCAAAAGUUGCCAUUCUGAAUGUAGAGCUCUAACAAUAACAAAGUUUUAUAAGAAUAUUACUUGAAUUAAAGCACCAUGUGCAGAACUUUCUAUGCAGAAUACCCUCUAAGAAUAGCUUUUGUUUGCCGCCUAAUUAUUCAGCUUGGGAAUAACUUUUUAAGAACUAAUAUACCACUUCAAAGACAGGUUAUGUUCUGGAGGAUAAACAUAACAAGA